CGAACUCCCGCCUCUACUAGCUCUAGCAAGGUUGUUCCAUCUGUAAACUUAUCGAUUUGAAGGAUCUUCUGUCCUCUCGGAAACACACACACAGUGUGAUGACACUGUAAACAACCUUUGUCUUUCUGCUUCACCAUGGCAUCAGUAACUGUUGGCGAGAAUCAGCUUCAGAGGAUAAUCAGAGACUUGCACGAUGCGGUGGCCGAGUUGGGCAAGGAACACAUGGAGAAUGGAGAACCCAUCACAGACGACAGCGCCAAUCUUCACAAAUUCUGCUACAAACUAGAAUACUUGCUGCAAUAUGACCAAAAAGAGAAAGCUACAUUUCUGGGGAGCAGGAAAGACUACUGGGACUACUUCUGUGACUGCUUGGCCAAGAUGAAAGGGACCAAUGAUGGGAUUCGCUUUGUCAAGUCUAUCUCUGAGUUGAAGACAUCGCUGGGAAAAGGGCGAGCCUUCAUCCGCUACUGCCUGGUACACCAGAGACUUGCAGACACGCUUCAGCAAUGCCUUAUGAACCAAAGAGUCACUUGUGACUGGUACUAUGCCCGCAGUCCCUUUCUGAAAUCCUACUUCAACGUAGACAUAAUCAAUCACCUGUAUGAGCUGAACGAGGUUCAGUUUGAUGUGGCAUCCAGAGGAUAUGAUCUCGACUCAGAGUGGCCCACUUUUGCCAGGAGAACCCUGGGAUCAGCUACCCACAUGUGGAGACCACCCAGCCGCUGCUCCAGUGUCAACAGCCUGGUCAGCAAUUAUUCACAGCCAGCCGAGGAGUUUCUCCCAUGCCCAGACUUUGGGAGCAAUUUGCUUAGUGAUCUGGGAGAACUGGGAGAAAUCUCUUGUAGUGGUGUGGAUGAAUUGCGUGCCGAACUUGACCGGUCAGAGCUACAGCAACAAAAUCUUCUAAAGGAGGUUCAUCGGCUCACCGAUGAAGCUGCAGAGUUAAGGCGGGAGGUCAGGGAUCUCCAAGGGAAGCUGCUUGUUGCAGAGAAUGUCAAUCAAAAGCCACACAAUGAAAGGGACCAAUUGUUUGACUCAUCCCAGAAGCAGGAAGCAGAGCAGGCUAAUGGAGAGUUGACUGGAAGUCUGCAACCUAUGACAAAGGAACCUGUGGCCCUGAAGGAGAAUGAGGAGAGACUUGCUGAGCUCCAAGCCGGCCUCGAGAAAGAGAGAACUGCCACACUGCGACAGACCAAUGAACUACAAGCGGCAGUUAACCACCUCGAAGAGGCAUUGCGUCUUAAGGAGCAGGAAGCUAGGAGCCUGCAAAUCCAACUGCAGGACAUGCAGAAAUCAAUAGAGGAGGAGAAAAACCAGGUGGAAGAGAUGAAGAAGAGAGAACAAGAAGGACAUGAGGAGUUGCACCAAAGGAAUAGUCAGAUCUUGUCUCUGCAAGAGCAGCUGAAAUUGAAGGAGACAGAGCUCUCUUUUGGCAAUCUGAAGAUCCAGCAGUUAGAAAACCAAAGCCAAAGACUUUCUGAACACAACCAAAGCAUGGAAAACCAGGGCAAGAAGCUGGAAGAGUACAAGACCCAGUGUUCCAGUUUAAUGGAGAUUAAUGCUAAGUUGCUUCAUACGAUAAAGAGGGCAGAAGAGAGCAGCAAGGAACUUGCCGAGAGCAAGGCAGCAUUGGAGAGGGAACUAACCAUUUUAAAAGCCUCUGAGACAUUCCAUGCAAGGCUGGAUUCAGCUGGUCUUAUAGCAGAGGAGCAAGAAAAGAAACCCCUGGAAGAGAACCAGCAUUUGGAGGAGAGCAUCCAAAAAGCCCAGAUGAAGAGUGAGGCUGGGGAAGUAGAGGUAAAGAUAUUAGAGAAGAGUGAGCUUCAGGUUGCCGUGAAAGAGAAGCAUGGAGAGCUUUAUGUUAGACCAAGUUCGAUGGACACUGAGACUGGGGCUGACCGACACUUGAAGGCUGACCUAGAUAAAGAGCGGGCAAAUAAAAAUGAAGACCUCUAUGCAUCCCAACUAGACCUGAACAUGAAGGAGGUUUCCAGGCUUCAGGGAGAGGUUAUGGAUCUACAAGCCCUUCUCCAAGUGAGUGCUGAAGAAAGGCUCAAGAUCCAGGCAAUGCAGGAAGUGACCGAGGCCUCCAGGGAAGACCUCCACAGUCAGUCUGAGCAGCUCAAGGCUCAGGUGGAGGAGCUGAACCAGCAGCAUGUAGCGGAGCUCCUGCAGUGCAGAGAGAGAGAGGAGGCAAUAGCAAAGGAGCGGGACAGCGAAGCCCAUGCUCGAGCGGACAUCCAAGCUCAGGUGGCUUCCAUACAAAAAGAGCUGGACAUGCUGAAACGUCAGCACAGCUCCGUGGCUCUGCAGAAUGCAGAGGCUCGUGAGGCGCUACACACAGCCAACAUUGAGAUGGCUGAGCUGGGCAUCCAGGUAUGCCUGCUGACCAGGCAUAAUGAGGAACUUGUUGCCAAGCUGCAAGAGUUGGAGAAGAAGGCACAGAAGGAGGUGCAGGCCCUCAACGACUGUGCAGAGAGCUUGAGCAAGGACAACACCCGGCUCCUUGAGGAGCUUUAUCAAGUGGAGGAGCUGCACAAAGCCAUGAAGGAGCUACAGCAGAGGCUAGAGGAGGCACAGGAGGAGGCAAGAACCCUGAGGAAGUGCAACCAGAGAGAGAUUAAUGCUCUUCGUGUUCAGCUUGCUGAACAGGCAACGCAUCAUGGUGACAAGGAAAAGGUUUUGAAUGAAGAUCUGCUUGGAGCACAGUCACAAAUGGAAGCAGAGCAGGAGAAGGUGGCCACCCUGGAGACAAGGCUGGCAGAGCUUGAGGCCAUUAACAGGACCUACUGUCAGAUGAUUGAGGAGAAAAAUACAAGCAUUGCCAGCUGUGAUGGAUUGCUUCUGCAGAAAGAGGAACAACUGAACCAAAUGAAAGAGGACUUGUCAAAGGCUCAGGAGAAAUUUGCCCUGGCCCAGAAAGCCUGCCAGGACCUCAGUGAGAACCUACAGAAAAUUACCUCAGAGAAACAGACCUGUGAUUUGAAGGCAUCUGCAGAGAUAGAUGAUCUCUACCGUACCAAGAGGAACCUGGAGGAGAGGCUUGUGGAGCUCAUUAGGGACAAAGAUGUACUUUGGCAGAAGUCGGACGCUCUGGAAUUUGAACAGAAGCUAAGAGCAGAGGAGGAGACGGAACGAGACCUGCCCUACUGCCUCGGCUGCCACACGCAGUUCACCUGGUGGCUGCGUCGGCACAACUGCAAGCUAUGUGGUCGCCCCUUCUGCCACUCCUGCUGCAAUAAUACAGUGAUCGUCCACCAGGGCGGUAAUAGAGAGCGCUGCUGUAAGGACUGCUAUGAUCAGCACAGUGCCAUAGCAGAAGGGCCCCCUCAGGAGGACCUAGGUGGUCCCUCCCAGCCACGUCUCUAUCCCUCCGCCUCUACUCCCACCAAACACAGCAUGCUUAGCGACGCAGCGCUGCAAUCCCCCAGGCUAGAUGACAUGGCUUUCGACAUCAUCACGGACGAGGAGGUGAACGGCAUCCUCGACAAUGACUCACUGCUCUUCACCACGGCUUUGUGCCCGGAGAGUGGGGCGCAAGGGCCAGAGGAGCUUGGCAUUGCCAAGGCCAGUACCAGUAACCUGACUGCAGAGGAAGUGGAGGAACUGCCGGCUUUGGUGCAGGACACCGAGCUCUGCCUGAUAACGUCUGGAGAGAUGACGUUGUCUGUGCCUUUAACUAUGGAGGAGAUUGCUGAGUUUGGGGAGGAGUCCAGAGAGCUCUUCAUCAAGUCUGGAUGCUACAGUCGCCUCCCCAUUACUGUGGCUGACACUGGGCCCACCAUUUGCUGGGAGUUCUCCUCCACACCUAAAAGCAUCUCCCUCUGUGUGGUAUACCGAGAGAGUGCCGAAACACCGCUAGAGCAGACCAAGGUUCUCAUCCCCCUGACAAGGUGCAGCUCUCACAAGGAAACCAUCCGGGGCAAGCUGAAAGCCUGCAACCCUGGCGAAUACUCUCUUAUCUUUGACAACUCUUACUCCAGGUUCAUCUCAAAGAAAGUUUUUUACAGACUGAGCAUGGAGCAGCCAGUGGUGUAAGAUGGCAGCGAUUGACUGUAAACGGGAGAGCAUUCACCACACACACACACACACACACACAUAUACCAGUGCACACCUCUGUCUAGGUCAAGCAACCCCUGGUUUAUGAAGGUACUCUAAUGUCAUAAUUAACCUCUAGCCAUUUCCGGUAAGACUUAGUGAAGACUUAGUCUUUCAUUCAUUCAUCCUCAGAACAUCGAACACUACAUCUGUAUCUGUACAAUAAGAACAGAGACAUGACACAAUGCCACAAAUCAAAAGUGGAAGCUUUAAAAGUUAACAUGGUUCUUUAUCUUUGAAAUAGGAAGAACUGAAGCAUGCUUGUGGGUUGAGGCUUUAUGACAUCCAGUAUAAAAUGCCAUGAAACUUGGCGAACUAUGUGGUCACUCUAUGUUCAGAAUAAGGGAAUCACAAGGCUUGACACAGUAUAAUAAUGAUAACAAAUAGAGGCUAUUUUAGAUACUGUAUUGAUUAACUGACAUACAUAUGCAGCCAUGUUAGUAUGGCUAGGAGCUCAAAUAUAUCUACUUUACUACAUAUUAGAAUUAUUUAACAUGUGUAGACUAAUAAAUUAUACAUUUAUGUAAAGCA